CAAAACAGAAGGAAAGGAUUACAAAAAAAUGAAAAUCGUUAGCUUUGCAGUGUUUGCUUACUGUAGCGGGUGCUGCUCGCUCUAGUUACUGAGCGCGGUUCACAGGCGCUGCUGUGUUGAUCUUGUGAAGGUGAUCAAGUGAUCUGUUCCCUACUGUUCAUUCACUGCAUCAUCAGACCUGAGAGAAGAGGCUGCGGAGACGGCUGUGUGCCCGGAUUGAUAACAGAAGUGUACUCAAGAAGUGCGCUGUGAUCGAUGGGCUUGCUCUGUCUCCAGUCUGUCAACAGGCUGCUGUUCAUACACGUUUGGCUGCAAGUCUGUGAUGCAGUUACAGUGCCCCCGUCUCCAGUGACGUCACCUCCAGGCAGUGAUGUCACUCUCAGCUGCUCUUUCUCCUAUAAAGAGGGGGCUGGUCUCAGCGGAUUGGUGGUUACCUGGCAACGCCCUCCUGUCGAUCGCGUGGUCCACAGUUUCUAUUACGGUCGAGACCAGCUGGAUCUGCAGAAUGAAGCCUACAGGAAUCGGACCCAGCUGUUCCCAGAGCAGCUCGGUGUGGGGAACGCCUCCCUCAGACUGAAACAGGUGCGGGAGGAGGAUGAGGGCCGGUACACCUGCGCUGUGACCAACCAAAUGGAGAGCACCAGGGGAGACGUGCAGCUCCUAGUGGCAGCCCCUUACAGUGAGCCGCAGUUAGCCAUUUUCCUGUCUAACCCCGGUGGUCAUGUGACCCUGACUGUCAAGGUGACGGACGGCUAUCCCCGGCCCACACUGCUGUGGCUGAAUGCGGCAGGAAGUGACAUCACAAACCAGAGCCACACCUCCCAGUCUGUGGAUAGCAGGGGGCUGUACCAGAUCCGGAGCCAGCUGGAGGCGGUGGUGAAAGAAGCAGAGACCUUCACCUUUGAGCUGGAUCACCCCGUGAUGGAGCAGAGAGUGAGGCGAGCCAUCACCCUGCACCCAAGCACAGGCGAUCGUAUUGAACAGAGAAGCCGGCUGCCCGUUACAUUCUCACUGCUGCUUGUGUUGCUGCUGGUGAUCGGGUGUUUCUUUAUUGAGGCUGGACAAGAUGUGACAGGCGAGUGA